AUGCCCCUCGGCAGCCUCGAUACGGAUGCGGUAUACAUGGCAGCGCAGGUUGUUGAAACACAAGGCCGCUGCCUCAUCACUCGACCGGCUACACCGGACUGGGCCGGGUCAUACGACUUUGACUUCGUCCUGGAUCUUGACGAGAGCCUACGUUUGCUCCUUGAUCAAAUGGAACAUAGAAGAGACCACUACGGCCGUGAUGCUAUCGAGUCGCAUCCUGCCCAUACACCGGAGGCGAUCUUGGCGAAGCAUUGCGGCACCGAACAUGGGAAGGCGCAUCGCGAGGGCAGAAUGACCAUGGGCGCUUCUACACCGGAGGAAGACUACAUGCGGGAUCUUUGGGAAGGCGUACCUACCAGGUACAAACAAAAGAUUCCCUUGCCACAGCUCUACCCCGACUACACCAGGAGCGUCGGCGUCGCAGCCACGAUGAUCAAGAUGCCGUCUCUUCUCGGCCACAGCGAGGUGACUGGACCGUAUUGA